AUGCUCCUGCAGAUCUGCGUGCCCUCCCAGAUCGCGCUCCUAGCGAUCUGCGCGCUCCUGGGCGCGGCGCCUCUGACGGUUUCAGUUGGUAAACUUAAGCCAUCGAGAGGUUCUUUUCACAGUUUUUACACAUGUUUCUUGAUGUCUUUGCAGGAGAAGAGGCAACAAAUUCUGAAUGAGAUGAGAACAUUAUGUGAAGCAUGUUGUUAUCCUGGUUUAGUUGAAUUCCAGGGUGCAUUUUACAUGCCUGAUUCUGGACAAAUAAGUAUCGCUCUUGAAUACAUGGAUGGUGGUUCCUUGGCAGAUGUUAUAAGGGUCAAGAAGUCUAUACCAGAACCAGUUCUUUCACAUAUGCUACAGAAAGUAUUGCUUGGUCUGCGAUACUUGCAUGAAGUAAGGCAUCUAGUGCAUAGAGAUAUAAAGCCAGCAAAUUUACUGGUAAAUCUUAAGGGCGAGGCGAAGAUUACAGAUUUUGGUGUGAGUGCUGGUUUGGACAAUACAAUGGCUAUGUGUGCUACCUUUGUAGGCACAGUCACAUAUAUGUCACCUGAGAGAAUUCGUAAUGAGAACUAUUCUUAUGCUGCUGAUAUUUGGAGUCUUGGACUAACAAUAUUGGAAUGUGCUACUGGAAAAUUCCCAUAUGACGUAAAUGAGGGCCCUGCAAACCUAAUGUUGCAGAUACUUGAUGAUCCAUCACCAACACCACCAGUAGAUACUUGUUAAUUAGAAUUCUGCUCAUUCAUCAAUGAUUGCUUGCAGAAAGAUGCUGAUGCAAGGCCCACAUGUGAGCAGCUUCUGUCACACCCAUUCAUCAAGAGGUAUGCAGGAACUGAAGUGGACUUGGCAGCAUAUGUCAAAAGUGUAGUUGAUCCAACAGAAAGGCUAAAGCAAAUAGUUGAGGCAUAUGCUCCCAUGCCGGAUUGGUUGGCCUUGGAGGCCGAGUAG